AUGCUGCUGGACGAGUUCUGUGUGAAGGUCUACUUUUGGCCAUUUCUCUCCUAUUUGGCCAGCAUCAAGGGCUGGUGUCCGGCGUAUCCCACAGGUUAUUAUACGGUCUACCCGUUGCCAGUGCCGCCAGUUCAAGUGCCAUUAACGCCCACAUCCACGUCCAAUGCAGUGUAUCCAACGUAUCAGCCAACGCCGCCUUUGCCUCCAAUUACAACGACAACCACAACCAGCUCCACCAGCAGCAGCAGCACCAGCACCACCUCCACCACUACGAGCAGCACCACAACAACCACAGCGGGCGUGACCACAACAACCACAGCUGAAACCACAUUGCCCGCAACGACUUGUCCUUCUGCGCCUCUCGUGUGCCUGCCUGGCGGAAUGCCACCGUUGCCCAAUUGUCCCUGCAUCGACCCUCGACAACAGCAGCAGUUGGCUUCGACUAUGCCUAUGGGUUCGGAUAUGAUGGUCUUUAUGCCGCUUAAUCCGAGUCGACAUCGUCGUCGUCGACGGGUUCCAGAGAGCUGUUACGAUGCACGCGCUCGCUCUGGCAGCUGCGUCCCUCUCACUAGCUGCUCUCAUCUCGUCCAGGAGUAUCAAACAGGCACAGCCGAUCAGGAAUUUCAGACGUUUCUCGGACAGUCUAUUUGCGGGUUUGAUGGCGCCAGCUUUUUGGUUUGUUGUGCCACGACUCGUGCGCCCCUUGUCAGUCGUCAUCCCAAGCAGUUUUUGCCAUCUGCCGGUUUCUCUUUCUCCUCGCUGAGUGGCCCGACCACGGCUUCGCCUCCGCCUAUUAGUGUCUUUCAGCCCACGCCCCCUGUCAAUCAAGGUAGUGUGUUGCGUCCGACUCCAGUGCCCAACACUGCACCAGCUACGACUACUGUGCCUUUGCCUGUCUUCCCCUCGCAGCCAGGUGGCGCGAGCAGCUCUAACGGCUGUGGCAUAGGUGGCGCUACCACAAAUCGUGUCGUUGGUGGCCUGCCCGUUCGCAAAGGUGCCUAUCCUUGGAUGGCUGCCUUGGGCUACUUUAAGGAUAGCAAUCGCAAUACCUUGGAUUUUCUGUGCGCCGGCAGUUUGAUCAGUUCACAGUUUGUUGUGACCUCGGCACAUUGCAUCAACUCCAUGCUGACGCUGGUUCGUCUGGGUGCACGCGAUCUGUCCAACACAAAUGAGCCGGGUGUGGUCGAUUACCGCAUCCGACGCACUGUGCUGCAUCCGCAAUUCGAUUUGUCUGCCAUUGCGAAUGAUAUUGCCUUGAUAGAGCUGAAUGGCGAGGCGCCAUCUAACGCUGACAUUCGGCCCAUUUGUCUGCCAGACUCAAGCCGGUUUCUGCUUGAGGAUCAGUUCGUGGGCAUGAAUCCGUUUGUGGCCGGCUAUGGGGCAACGAAGCAUCAGGGCGCCGCCUCCUAUGUGCUGCGAGAUGCCCAGGUGCCGAUCAUAUCACGGCGGACCUGUGAGCAGAGCUACAAAUCUGUCUUUCAGUUUGUUCAGUUCAGCGACAAGCUAAUUUGCGCUGGCAGCUCCACUGUCGAUGCCUGUCAGGGGGAUUCCGGUGGACCAUUAAUGCUGCCGCAGCUGGAUGGCAGCAUCUAUCGCUACUACUUGCUGGGCAUUGUUUCCUUUGGCUACGAGUGCGCCAAGCCCGGUUUCCCCGGCGUCUACACGAGAACCAGCAGCUACAUGAAUUGGAUACAGCAAAUACUUGGUGGCGCUUCGAGGGGCAGAAGGCGAUGAUUUGUUACUGCUGCGUAUAAUAUUUGAUUACCAAUAUUUUAAGUAAAUGAAAGAAACAAUAAAAAUUUA